AUGGCCCUGCCUCUUGGCUGUCUGAUGCUUACCACCAAGACUUCAUCAGCCCAUCAGCAAGCUAAGCACCACACACACCUGGUAGCUGAAGAACCACCAUACAAACUGAAUUUCUCUGAAUAUUCAGCCAAAAAAGCAGGAGAAGCAACCAUGAUCAGUGCUAAGAGGCUUGUUCAGAUGGCAAAGAAGUGGCGGAGAAUGGCUGCACUGGCAAGGAAGCGGCUCACGGCGACGCCGGGGAAAGAAGCCGAUGGUUCAUGCGGCACGUCGACGUCGGUGGCCGUGAAGGGCCACUGCGUCGUGUACUCCUUGGACGGGAGGCGGUUCGAGGUCCCACUGGUGUACCUCGGCACAGCGGUGUUCAGCGAGCUCCUGAGCAUGUCGCAGGAGGAGUUUGGGUUUGCCGGCGAUGAUGGCAGGAUCACGUUGCCCUGUGACGCCGCGGUGAUGGAGUACGUGAUGUGUUUGCUUAGGCGAGACGCCUCUGAAGAGGUUGCGAGGGCGUUCUUGAGCUCCAUCUCCAUGUUCAGACCUUGCCACCACAGCGUCAGUGGCAUGGUGCCAUCGAUGCGCCAAUCAGCUAUCUGUGUAUAG